AUGUCAAUUGAAACCCUUAUAGACCAGAUUACAUCGCCUAAUCUUCAGGACGAUGACUAUGGGCUACUUCUAGACCUUGUUGAGCUGGUUAACAAAACUCCAACCACCAAUGUUAUAGAAGCCGUAAGAUUCCUUAAAGUCAAACUUCAGUCCUCUAACGCCAACACUUUGCUUAGGGCUAUUACUCUGCUAGAUUUUCUUGCUCAAAACUGCGGGGCAAUGUUAAAAGCAAGUAUUUCAACUCCAGAUUUUGUCAAUGAUAAUUUGUUGCCAAUUAUCGCCGAUAAUCUUAUUCAUAUCUCUGUUAAAUAUGCUUUGAUCAAAGAGAUCUACAAGUUACAGAAGACGUUUGCCAAUGAUGAGAGUUUGUCCAUUUAUAAGGAUACUUUCUCAAACUUAAAACGAAAAUUACCUAAUUUAUGCCAGCAGGCUAUAGAUGAGAUCGAUAGUAAUAACAAAAAUUCAUAUAAUCCAUCAGGUGGCUCAGUCGAGGAGGAAGAGUUGGAAUUAAGGAAGGCAAUUGAACUCUCUCUGAAAGAGUCAAGUCUACCCUCAAGAGCUUCGACCCAACCUCAAGGAGUGCCACAACAAAUCCAACCUCAAGGAGUGCCACAACAAAUCCAACCUCAGCAGCAGUUUCAGCAACAAUUUCAACUUGGUCAGCAGCUUCAGCAGCAGCCACAAUUUCAACCACAAUUUCAAUCCCAGUCCCAACCACAAGUUCAGCAGCAACCAAUAACUUCACCUCAGCAACAGUUUCAACAGGCUGCACCAACUAGAAUUCAAGAAGAUCCUUCCAGGCCUGAUAAAGUUAUAGCUCUAUUUGAUUUGUCGACCGACGACGAGGAUACCCUAUCAUUCAGGAAAGAUGAUAUCAUAACAAUUGUCGAGGAAAUUAAUAAAGAUUGGCUGAGGGGGUGUCUCAAUGGAAGGGCGGGAAUAAUACCGACCAAUUAUGUUAAGCCUAUUCCUAAAACUUUAGAAUCAGAUAUACAGAAUUUAAUACAAGUACUUAAUAGCUCAUUUGAUAUUGAAACCACAUUGUCCAAACUGAUGGAUUUGAACAAGAAAGUCAAAAAUUCUUCAAUGACAAGUCAACAGUUUGAGAAUGCUUUAUUAUCAAAUUCCUUUCCUGAUAAGAUCCAAAAUAUUGAAAAAGUUAAAGCACAAUUGAAACAAAUCUUGGAAUUACAAAAGUUGAAGUUGCUAGAAUUACAGAGUAUCCAAUCAAAUAUAGACCAUAGUUUACAGCUUUAUCAACAAUUGAUUACGGAGUCUGCCCCAGAGCCGGAAAACCCAGAUAUUUCAAACUUCAUUCAGACGUAUCCAGAUAUUUCGAGUUUAUCUUUGAACUCUUCACCGCAGAGUACUGAGGAAUACAUUCCACCUUCCAUGACUGGUUCAUAUCCACAGCGUCGUUGA